GCGGCCCGGGCCGGCCCGUCGCACGGCUCUCCCGCCAGUCUCGAGCGGCAUGGCUGCCUCGCGGGGCCCCGCGCUGCGUGUCGUCCCGGGGCGGGCCCCGCUCCCUCAGCCGGGCCCGGCUCCGUCCCCGCGGGCAACAAAAAACAAGCUCUCAGAGGACAGUGAUGCUCUCCCACUCAAGAGAUCCCAUAUCUUCUACGGCAGUUUGGAGGAGAAGGAAAGGGAACGUCUUGCCAAAGGAGAAUCAGGGCUCCUGGGAAGAGAGAGAGUGAAAGCUGCGAUUGAGGCAGGCAAUAUUAACAUAACCAGUGGUGAGGUUUUUGAUCUGGAAGACCACAUAAGUGAGCGUCAGGCAGAAGUGUUGGCUGAGUUUGAGCGCAGGAAGCGUGCCAGGCAGAUCAACGUUUCCACAGAUGACUCUGAAGUCAAGGCGUGCUUACGAGCCCUUGGGGAGCCCAUCACGCUCUUCGGAGAGGGGCCUGCAGAACGGAGAGAAAGAUUGAGAAAUAUCCUCUCGGUGGUUGGCACAGACGCCUUAAAAAAGACCAAGAAAGAUGAUGAAAAAUCUAAGAAAUCCAAAGAAGAGUAUCAACAAACUUGGUAUCAUGAAGGGCCUAACAGCCUGAAAACAGCUAGGUUGUGGAUCGCCAACUACUCACUCCCCAGGGCAACGAAGCGGCUGGAAGAAGCCCGUCUGUACAAAGAGAUUCCAGAGGCGACCAGGACAUCCCAGAAACAAGAACUGCACAAAUCCCUGAGGUCCUUGAAUAAUUUCUGCAGUCAGAUUGGGGAUGACCGCCCGAUAUCUUACUGCCAUUUCAGUCCCAAUUCCAAACUCCUGGCUACAGCCUGCUGGAGUGGCCUGUGCAAGCUCUGGUCUGUGCCUGACUGCAAUCUUGUUCAUACUUUACGAGGGCACAACACCAAUGUAGGAGCAAUAGUGUUUCAUCCCCAGGCUACUGUCUCCCUGGACAAGAAGGACGUCAACCUGGCCUCCUGUGCAGCUGAUGGCUCUGUCAAACUCUGGAGCCUUGAAAGUGAUGAACCGGUGGCAGAUAUCGAGGGCCACACAAUGAGAGUGGCACGAGUGAUGUGGCAUCCCUCCGGGAGGUUCCUGGGCACCACUUGCUAUGAUCACUCUUGGCGCCUCUGGGACCUGCAAGCUCAAGAGGAGAUUCUCCAUCAGGAGGGGCACAGCAAGGGGGUCUAUGACAUCGCCUUCCACAUUGAUGGCUCUCUUGCUGGGACUGGUGGUAUGGAUGCCUUUGGUCGGGUGUGGGAUCUGCGUACUGGGCGCUGUAUCAUGUUCCUGGAGGGCCACCUGAAGGAAAUCUAUGGGAUUAACUUCUCCCCGAAUGGAUAUCACAUAGCGACUGGCAGUGGAGACAACACGUGCAAAGUGUGGGACCUCCGCCAGAGGAAGUGUGUCUACACCAUACCUGCCCACCAGAACCUGGUAACCGGAGUGAAGUUUGAACCUACGCAUGGUAACUUCCUGCUCACUGGCGCUUAUGAUAACACAGCCAAGAUCUGGACUCACCCAGGCUGGUCCCCUCUGAAAACGCUGGCUGGCCACGAGGGAAAAGUAAUGGGACUGGAUAUCUCCUCAGAUGGGCAGCUAAUAGCAACAUGCUCAUAUGACAGGACCUUCAAGCUGUGGAUGGCAGAGUAGCUCUGAGCUGCCAGUGACCCGACACGGGGAGCAUCACAGACUGGGCUGUUCCUGGCUUUUUUUUUUUUUUUUUUUUUUUUUUAAAUAUAAAAUCAACUGUUGCAUCAA